AUAAUCGAUGUCUCGAGGAUGCUUCGUGCUCGAUUCCCCGAUAUGCCGCUGGCUCGUAGCAGUUGACACACAGGCAGUCGCUUCACUGAUGGUGGCUCAAAAUUUCGUCGCACCAUCGAUUUAGCCGUCGCGAGAUCGCAAGAUGCUGGCUCCCUGUGAUAACGUCGACUUCAAAGUACUUAUAUUCGCGUGUUUGCUGAUACAUUUACCAAACAGUUUAGCAGAAGAAGUGGAAGAGGGUGCGGUUAUACUAACUCAUAAAGAUAUUGAUGCGACGUUAGCUGAGAAUGAACUGGUAUUUAUAAACUUCUAUGCACAAUGGUGUCGCUUCAGUAAUUUAUUAGCUCCAAUUUUUGAUAAAGCCGCUGACAAAGUCAGGGAAGAAUUUCCACAGGCAGGGAAGGUAGUGAUGGCCAAAGUAGACUGCGACCAAGAAACAUCCGUGGCGUCUAGGUUUCACAUAACCAAGUAUCCAACGUUAAAAGUCAUAAGGAAUGGACAGCCAACCAAGAGGGAAUACAGAGGGAAACGUUCCGUGGAAGCAUUCCAAGAAUUUGUCAGGAAACAGUUGGAAGAUCCCAUCAGAGAGUUUUUCGACUUGGGGGAGCUUAAUGAACUCGAUGACAAGAAGCGCAUGAUCAUAGGAUACUUUGACAAUAAAAGUGUACCGGCGUAUGAGUUGUUUAGGAAAGUCGCCACCAAUUUAAAAGAUGAUUGCCAGUUCCACGUUGGUUUCGGCACAUGCUCCAAUCAAAACUGUGAAAUUGGGCUUCACUUUCACUUGCAUUUGAAUGCGAGUAAAGCACUGCACCCUCCAGGAGAGCCUAUUAUUGUCUUCCGAUCGGAUAAGGCCUUGUCCAACGACGAGGAUGAGACUUACAAAGGAAGCAUGACCAAUUACGACGAGCUAAAUGUGUGGGCGCAGGAGAAGUGCGUGCCGCUCGUGAGGGAAAUAACAUUCGAGAAUGCCGAGGAACUGACGGAGGAAGGCUUGCCGUUUCUCAUACUGUUCCACGCACCCGAUGACGUGGAGAACGUUAAACUGUACAAAGAUAUCGUAUCUAGGACGUUAAUAACCGAGAAACAGAACAUCAAUUUCUUAACUGCCGACGGCCUGAAAUUCGCGCAUCCGUUACACCAUUUGGGAAAGAGUACAACGGACCUGCCGCUGAUCGCGAUCGAUAGCUUUAGGCACAUGUAUCUGUUCAAGAAUUUCAACGACAUCUUCGUGGAGGGGAAGCUCAAGGAAUUCCUGCAGGAUCUGUACUCUGGGAAGCUCCAUCGCGAGUUCCACUACGGUCCCGACACUCAUAACGACGUACCGCAAGUUACGGGGAAACAGGUGAAAGCGCCCACCACGCCGCCAGAGUCCGCAUUCAAGAAGCUGGCGCCGAGUAAAAAUAGGUAUACGUUAGUUAAGGAUGAACUAUAAUGUAAUAAACGGGAUAAUAAGAUCGAGUGAUGUGGCGCGCGCAGUGAGUUUUUCUCGUAAUUUAUACGCAGUUCACUAGUGGAUAAUUUACUAACUGGUAAAUUGGAAGGAAGUGGUAAAUUAUACAAUCGGGGAUUAUAUAUUUAAAAGUUUGAUAUGUAUUACUUUUGUAGUACGCUAAAGGUGAGUUCGAAAAUUUCACUCUUCUUCUUAAAUGAUGAUUUGAAAUCUCGUUUUGAUACCUUUCGCAAAAUAUAUACGUUUCGGUUUUACCUGUUUGUCGUUUAAUAAAACAUACCGCUUGUUAUCAUUGUCCACGUGAGAUUCAAAUUCAGAAUAAUGUGACGGUUCGUUCUUUGCGGAAAAAAAAUCGUGCACGUUUGUGCAAUUGUCGGUAAACGAAACAGCAAGAGAGCAAAGAAUUCUUUUCCCCUUUGAUAACGUAUUUUUAUUGUCUUCAAUGAAUCGCUGAUGGCGCAUUCAUUCGCAAUUAGCAGUGAAACACCAAGCUACAUCUACCAGUGUCAGCAAGGAAACCAGUUUUUUGUAUAUGUAUUGUAAGGCAAUCAAUGCAAUCAUUAUUGUUGAUUUUUACGAUUUCAAUAUAAAUUUGAGAGUUUUGUAUGGUAAAAAAGUGAAUUUACAUUCUCUCCUCCUUUCUCAUCCCCUCUGUUACAAUGGAAUUUAGCACAAUAUUUAAUAUUGUACGUGAUUCUACUUGCCGUGGAUCCGGGAGGCGCGUAAAUGUGUUCGGGGAUACAUAGAAUCUAAAUGCGUGUGUGUAUGCGUCCUAUUGUACCAUUGAAGUAUUUCCUAGGGCAAUUGUUUGCUGGAUGAAGUGUAUAAGAGAGAGUAUUUGCAUUGUCUAUUGCAUGAUCGAAAUAAAUGUCUGAGCAUGUAAAAUCUCAGUGUGCGCUCGUAAGAUACCCUUAGGGAGCAUUAUUUGUAUUAUCGACGAUAUUGUUUCUUGCCUGUUAAUAAAGAAUUUCUAUAUCAUGAA